AGUUGCCAAAUCUGAAAAACAUUGAAUAAAUUGAUGGACUACAGUAGGUAAAUUAAUAUCCUAGUACUGUAGAUUACAAAUGUAUGCAUGCAUAAAUGGGAAGAUUAACAAAGAAGUUCUAAUGAAAAAUAGGGCACCUGUUUUCAGCCGAUUUAGAAGAUUGCUAAGUACAGUAUAAAGCCAUUCUCAACGUGAUGGAUAGAGUGGGUAGACAUAUAACUAUUGCUAUCGUGGAAUAUUGUCCUGCCUUCCUUUGGAAAAUAUGGGCCUUUGGAAAUUGAAGUUACAACCAUGGAAAUCAGCAGCAGAAUUGAGUGUAUAUUUUUCAGCGAAUUCCACCCAACACUGGGGCCUAAAAUAACUUAUCAGGUACCAGAGGAUUUUAUUUCCCGAGAGUUGUUUGAUACAGUGCAAGUAUAUAUCAUCACCAAACCUGAACUCCAAAAUAAGCUUAUCACAGUUACAGCUAUGGAAAAAAAGCUAAUUGGAUGCCCAGUUUGCAUUGAACAUAAGAAAUACACCCGGAAUGCCCUGCACUUCAACCUUGGCUUCGUUUGUGAUGCUAGAGCUAAGACCUGUGCACUGGAACCGAUUGUGAAGAAACUGGCAGGUUAUCUUACUACUCUGGAGCUUGAAAGUGGCUUCAUUUCCAAUGAUGAGAGCAAGCAAAAAUUGAUACCCAUCAUGACCAUUCUACUUGAAGAACUGAAUGCUACUGGCAAAUGCACUCUGCCUAUUGAUGAAUCAAACACCAUUCACCUGAAAGUGAUUGAGCAACGUCCUGAUCCCCCCAUUGUACAAGAAUAUGACGUCCCUGUCUUCACCCAGGAUAAAGAUGACUUUUUAAAUUCCCAAUGGGAUCUCACUACUCAACAGAUCCUGCCAUAUAUUGAUGGAUUUCGGCAUGUUCAGAAAAUAUCAGCUGAAGCAGAUGUGGAACUCAAUUUGGUUCGAAUUGCCAUCCAAAACCUUUUAUACUACAAUGUAGUCACUCUUGUUUCAAUACUUCAGUACUCAAAUGUUUACUGCACAACUCCUAAAGUUCAGGAUCUAGUGGAUGAUAAGUGUUUGCAAGAUGAAUGUCUCUCAUAUGUCACAAAACCAGGACAUAAGCGAGCCAGUUUGAGAGAUGUUUUCCAGCUCUACUGUGGACUGAGCCCUGGGACAACUGUUCGAGACCUUAUUUGCCGCUAUACCCUCCAACUCCAGAGAGUGGAUGAAAGAAAACUUAUCCAGUUUGGGUUGAUGAAGGGUCUUAUUCGGCGGCUCCAGAAAUAUCCUGUAAAAAUAGUUCGGGAUGAAAGAAGUCAUCCAGCUCGACUAUACACUGGCUGCCAUAGCUAUGAUGAGAUUUGUUGUAAAACAGGAAUGAGCUAUCGGGAAUUGGAUGAAAGAUUAGAGAAUGAUCCCAAUAUAAUUGUUUGUUGGAAAUGAGACUCUUUGAGACAUGGGAUGAUUAUUAUGCCCUGUUAACUUUUAAUUGGACUGCAUGAGAUAUUGUGGUGGCCCCAGGACUCUUCUGGCUCAUGAAAAACAGCAUGGCUUAAACUGUGGUAGUCCCUGGAAAAAAAUGCGGUAAAUGGAUUUGACUCUCUUUGAUCAGCAGAGAUGCAGAACCAUGCUUCUUUUUUUUUGUGGAGGGUGUGUUAAAAGACACACAGCAGUAUAAAGAAACUUCAAAAGUCUAUGGUGUUGAGCAAGGGAUAAAAUAGUUUGAAAAUAGUUUGGAAGGAACUGAAGUGGAAAAAUGCCUAGCAGGGAAUGCUGUACCAUAAAUUCUCUUGCUUAAUCUGCUGCUCCUCAGCAACAGCAGAAAAAUCUAUUCUGCUUAUUACAUUCUGGAUUUUUCACCCUAACUAAUAACUAUAUGCUUCUCUAUCAUAAUAUGCCUUCUUCUUUAACAAAAGGGAUCUGGAUGUCCCAUACCCACUUGAAAUCCUUUGAGUUUUGAAAAAAAUCUGCAGAUUAUAAAUAAUGGAUAAUCAUGCUAAUAAAAAGCAUGCACGCUCUUUUGGGGAAGUAAAACUGGAAAUACAGCUGCAGCAUAGUUAUAUUUAAUAUAAUUGGGCUAAACCUAUUUACCUUGUAUACUUUUCAAAACUACUGGUUGUGAGAAAGAAUUAUGGGCCUCUUCUAUUUUAUAUAGUUCAUAUAAACUAGAAUAUUUUUAUGUGGAAAUUUAAUGCAAAUGCAGCAAUUGAAAGGGAAACUAAACAGCAAAAAUAAAAAAAAUUGUUUAGAGUCUCUAAUUCAUUAUUUGAUAUCUUCCUCUUAUAAAUUGAUUAAAGCUUUUCUAUCUGAAGACAACUUGAUGUAUAUGUGUGGAAUUUUGAUAAAAUGUGAGUGCUACCACAAACUGACUACUUUAGUAAAGGCAGACAGUGCCAAAUACAAGUGGUCCUCACUUAUCGAUCACAAUUAGGACCAAAAACUCUGUCAUGAAGCGAUGUGAUUAUAAAGUGAAACAUCACAUGACUAAUCCCAACAAUUACGGCUGCAGCUAUGAAGCAUGAUGUCACAUGACCAAGUGUGACUUCCUGCUGGCUUCCGCAUUGAUUUUGCUUGUCAGGAACUGGCUGUGAAAAUCAUAAAUAGCGGUCACAUGACUGCAGGACUCUUCAAUGGUUAUAAAUGUGCACUGGUUGCCAAAUCUUAAAUCACAUCAACUGAGGAGAGUAAUGCAGUGGCCACAAUUUUGGGGACCAGUUGCAAUCUCCUUUUUCGGUGCCAUUGUAACUUCAAAUGGCUACUGAAUGAGUGAUAAGCCAGGACUAACUGUAUUCAUUUGAAACCAUACUGAGGACAUUUCUCUCGCAAGACCUCCCAAGCCUUGGUAGUACAGUGGUUUAAUGCACCCUGUUAUUAACACAGCUGCCUGCAAUUUCUGCAGGUUCGAUUCUUACCAGGCUCAAGGUUGACUCAGCCUUCCAUCCUUUCUAAGGUAGGUUAAAUAAGGACCCAGUUUGUGGGGGCAAUAAGCUGACUUUGUAUAAAUAUACAAAAGUAUGAAGGCUAUUGCUUAACGCAUUGUAAGCCGCCCUGAGUCUCCGGAGAAGGGCGGCAUAUAAAUCAAAUAAACAAAAAAAAAAACAAAAAAAAACUUAAUCACAUUACUUAACUGUCUUUUUUAUGUGGGUGUGUCAUUUCCAAAUACAGCACUGGACUAUAUCUCCCCUGUAAUUUUCAUUUUCUAAGAAUAUUCUGUAUACAUAUAUAUAUAUACACAUACAUGAACAUACAUAGAGGAUACAGAGGCAUUGCUGGAAAUAAAAGUGUUACUUGAGCAAAUGUUUUUUCAAUAUGCUAAUUUCUCAUUACUUUAAAAAUAAAGUAUGUUAAUGUCCACGUGUGCUAUGC